UGGCCACCAGUGAAAGAUGGAAACUAGCAUAGGUGGUAUAAUAAUGUGAGGAGGUACUGCCUCGGGUCCAGUUGGCACCGCGGCGCCGCCGGGUUCAGACGUGUGCUGUGUUUGUUUUGUGUUUGUGUGAAGGUGCGUUCGGGAAUAUUUUGAAAGCCGAACAUCAUGAUCGAAUGCUACCAGUGAAAAAAAAUAGUGUAUUUUGAACUGUAUAAGAAAACUAGUGAAAUCAAAAUGGAGGCCAAAUCUCAUAUCAUCGCUUCAGCCAUUGUUCUUGUGUGCGCACUAUCCUGGUGCGAGGGAGCAAGGGACGCAUCUUGUCCCCGGAUUUGCGGACCAGCGUUACAGGGCGAGCCCGUCUGUGCAACUGACGGGUACAUUUACCCCUCCCUAUGUGAGAUGAGAAAAAAGACAUGUGGUAAAGGAGUAAGACUGGCACCCGACCAAGGAUCCUGUUCUCGCGCACAAGGAUCCAAAUGCGACCACAGAUGCACCUCAGAAAGAGACCCUGUGUGCGGCACCAAUGGCAGGACAUAUCUCAAUAGAUGUAUGCUUCAGGUUGAAAUCUGCAGAGUGGGCAUCGGCCUCUCCCAUCUAGGCGCUUGUAACAACAUCAGUGCGCAUCGUGAAAACUGUCCUGUUGACUGCUCCCAGGCUCCACUCGACGGACCCAUUUGUGGAUCCGAUGGCAACGUUUAUAAGAGCACCUGCCAAAUGAAACUUCUGACUUGUGGGCAAGGUGUAGUCCGAACAAACAAGAAACACUGCCAGACGACGCGUCACUGCCGUGAGUCCUGCUGGCGGGUCGCAAGACCUACAUGUGGUUCUGAUGGCAAACUGUACGCAAACGCUUGCAGGAUGAAGGCUACUAACUGUGGUAAGCACGUGUUCGAAGUGCCUAUGGCGUUUUGCGUAUCACAAGAGAGGACGUCAGGAGGAGAAUACUGUCCCACGGACUGUUCCGACCAGAAAGAGAAACUCGUGUGCGGCUCAGAUGAGAACAUUUACAGAAAUGAGUGUGAGAUGAAAAUGCUGAACUGUGGCGUGAACAGCAGGAAGAUCGUCAAGAAGGUCGACAUGGAUAAGUGCAAGUCAAAAAUGAGCAAAUGCACGAAAGUAAAGUGCCCCAGUGAGCCGGAUCCGGUGUGUGGUACCGAUGCCAAUGUGUAUACAAACCCUUGCUUCUUGAAGGUCGCUACUUGCCUCAAGGGAGUACAACUCGCACACUUUGGUAACUGCACGCUUCUUCCGAGACUCGAAACCGACUGCCCUGAAAACUGCGACAACGUGGUCGACCAGCCCGUGUGCGGUUCGGAUGGCAAUGUUUACAAAUCGGAAUGCGAGUUGCGUCGCGCUACCUGCGGGCAGCACGUGGUGGCGGUAUCCGCAUCCCAUUGCCGCACUACCGCACUAUGCCACGGCGACUGUCCCGACACGCCUGCCUUCGUGUGCGGAUCCGACAACAGGUUUUAUAAGAACGAGUGCAUUAUGAAGAAGGAGAACUGCGGCAAACACGUGUUCGUGGUGCCGCUGAAGCGUUGUUUAGCGAGGUUCCAGUACGCGGGGUGCGCACGCGUCUGCCCGCCGGAGUACGACCCCGUGUGCGGCACAGACGACAAGACCUACUCUAACUCUUGCUUCUUGGAGAUGGAGAACUGUAGAUCGAGAAGCCUCGUGCAACUCAAGCAUCUAGGCACCUGUACAGAACCCAUCGCUGAGGAACCGAAGAACUAUCUAUAUCGAUAAAUUCAUCAAAUAGUGUAUCGCAUCAGUCAUACAUUGCUUCUAAUGGAUCAACCAUUUUACAAUUAGUGCCAAUUCUUAUUUAGUGAAAUAUACUCUAUUCUUUAUCUGUAGAUGGGAGGUAAAUAAUUAUGGUAAGGUUUGGUUAAAGAUGAAAUCAUCCACCAUCUUAAAGUAUAAAAUAAGUUUUCUUUGAGAUUAUGAAAAAGAUCAAUCAUUUUUUGUAGUCAUACGAAUUGUUUUAUGCUUUCGUCUUUGAAUUUAAUACGCGGUUUAUAUUGCAAUAACUUAUAUAAUGCUUACUUAUAUAAUUACAAACUACUAUGAAUUCGAACAAUGUGCUCCUUAUAAUUGAAUUGAUUGAGGCUGCGUAACGAUUUUAUUUACCUCCUAAAUAGAAACAUAAUGUCUUCCAUUUGUGUCUCUGUAGAUUAUUUAUUAAGUACAAAAAUGUUUUCAAUUUUAAAUUCAACGCCAUCUGUCGGGGCGUUCUUUGAAUUAGCGGAAUAGAAUUUGGCGCGUUGUUAGCGACUAUUUCAUUGUUUUGCCCUGAAUUGCAAAUGGGUUUAAUUGAACAAUCAUUAGGUACAUUAUAUUUGCAUUAAAUGUCAAUCGGAAUAUCUGAAGGGUUCUUUUUAAUACCUGAUAAUAUCGUACUGAUGUCCCAUCUUUGCUUUAGUACGUUAUUUCACUUAUUAUGAAUACUAGAUUAAAAAAUAUCUAUAUUUAAUUAGUAUCAUAUUACAAUAGUGCACAAUGUUAUUGCAAACGUUAUAAUUAAAUCUGUGUGAUUGUAUUGCACAGAUAAAAAAUUACAUGACAUUUUGAUCACAGAUAAUGCAAACGUUAUUGAUGUAUUGAUUAACGCCUACAGAUUAAAUAAGCAAACUGCUGUACGGCCACAGACUCUGUAAUAAUAAAACUUUAAAACAAUUUUCGCAAUAUCCUUGCCAUUUUCUAGAAAGAAUUACAUAACUCCUUACGCCAUGUAAUUUUAAUGUUCUGCGUAGCAAUGGAAAAUAAUUUAUGGCAUUAGAUAAGUGUAAUAUAAGGCUAAGUUCUGACUGUUUAUUUAUUGUUCUAAUUUAUUAUAUAAUUAGUUAGUAUUUGUACAUAAAUAAGGAAUGUAUCCACUGGUCAAUAUGAAGCGUGUUUUAUAUUGAACAAUGGAAAGUUAUUGCAUUUAAAAAC